AGACCAAUAUUUUUUAUUUUUUUAUUUUGAGUAAAACGAAUUGCCAUAUAGAAAAUCAAAACAUGAAUCGUUACUUUCUCCUCGUGAUAUUUUUCCCGGGUCUCGUCUUCUUUUUCUGCGAAUAUUUAAUUUACUUUUUCGUGCAGAGUUCUUGUGAUUGGCCAAAAUUGCCACAGAGCAAUCAAAGUCUACGAGCUUUAAUAUUAGCUGAUACUCAUCUUUUAGGACCUUACCGAGGUCAUUGGUUUGAUAAGUUGAGAAGGGAGUGGCAGAUGUCUAUGAGUUGGUUGGCUGCAAAUACACUCCAUUCCCCUGAUGUAGCAUUCUUUCUUGGUGAUAUCUUUGAUGAAGGCAAAUGGGCAAAUCAAAAGCAAUAUGAAGAUUAUGUAGAGAGAUUCAAGCAUGUGUUUCCUGUCAACAGUCCUCAUCGUGUUUUAGUAGGAAAUCAUGAUGUUGGAUUCCAUUACAUGAUGGAUGAAAUCAAGCUCAACAGAUUCUAUAAAACAUUCAACCUGUCUUCCUCUGACAUGCUCAGAUUAGGAGGCAUUACCUUUGUUACAAUUAAUAGCAUGGCAAUGGAAGGAGAUGGAUGCAGUAUCUGUAAAGAAGCUGAGAAAAGGAUAAAUUCCAUAGCAUCAAGUCUCAAAAAUAAUGAAAAACCAAUCCUACUCCAGCAUUUCCCUCUAUUUAGAAAAUCUGACGCGGUUUGUGAAGGCGAAGAUUCUGCACCAGACGAGGAAAAGCACACAAAAUUUCGUCCGAAAUUAGACUGCCUUUCCAGAACUUCAUCGAUUUGGUUGUUGAAAAGCCUGAAGCCACGGGUCGUUUUCUCUGGUCAUACUCACCAUAGUUGUGUUUAUAAUCACAAUGGUGUGACAGAGUUUUCAGUUCCAUCUUUUAGUUGGCGUAAUCGCAAUAAUCCGAGCUACCUUUUGGUUACAAUUUCUCCAGAACAAUAUGCAGUGUUUAAGUGCUUUAUGCCUCAAGAAUCAACCGUUAUCAGAGUGUACACGAUAUCACUUUUGGUUUUGAUUGUAACCAGUCUGCAUCUUUGCCUCCGUCGAUAUCGAAUGAGACACAUCAAAAUGUUGUGAUUGUAUCUGUUGCCGGUUCCCGAAAUGUUUCUGUUUUUCCAUUACCAAUGUUUGGUAUUUAUUGCAGAAUACUUUAUAGAAUGAAUGUGUGCAGCAAUCUAUAAAAUAGAAUUACCU